AUGGCUGUCCCUGUCGAAAACCCUGACUAUGUCCCCGUGUCGGACUGGCCAACACUGGAAGACAUGGCGGCUGGAUUCGGCGAACACUUGAUGGCUGAGUCUGCAAAGCUUGGAGGCAAAUCGUUCACCCAUGUCUUCGACGUCGGUUCUCGGAUCUUGCAUCAGUUCGUCGAUGACCAUUCGAUACACUGGGAAGUGCUGGAGGGAGACCAACGCGGAGUCACUGGGAGCGCUGAAUACAAAGCAUACGAAGUACGGGAGAACAUUUUCUUCAUCGACUUUUACAACCCCGACCUCCUAGAGCAGAUCAGCAUCGUUCUGGAUGUCGCAACGGGCCAAGCAAUCACUUGCGUCUCUGGAUUCACCAACCGAGGGGAAGAGCGAAGAACAUGCACCAAGUUCUCGCACGCCACCGAGGACGAACGUGGCCCCGUCGCUACCUACCAACCCACUGACGAACUGGUCGGCAAACACAUCCUCUACCGCUACACUGCCCGCGAUGCCUACGAGCAUGUCUACCUGAACAAGGGCACCAUGAGCUGA